AUGCCUAUACCAUGCUCUCGUGGCUACUCGCGUAGCAAAGACCCAGAUCACGUCCCACGUCCACGAAAUGCUUUCAUGCUCUUCCGCUCAGCCUUUGCAGCCGCACAGAAAAUCGGAACGAAUAUUGAGCGUGACAAUAGACACAUCACCCGCAUAAUCGCGCACUGCUGGAAUCGCCUCUCUGAGUCAGAGAAACAGGUUUGGCGUAACAAGGCUGCAACAGAGAAGGCCGUUCAUGCCAUAAAGUACCCAAAUUACAGGUUUCAUCCUGUCCUACGCGCCAAAAAGCCUACCAAACGAAAAGUUCAGAGGAACGGUACAGAAGACAAGAAACGCUGCGAGCAAGUCGCCGAACUGCUUCUUGCAGGCAAGCAUGGCGAAGAACUCGAGGUCGCAGUCAAGGAAAUCGAUGACACUAUGAAAGUAACGACUUUCAUAUCAUCCCCUGGUUCAAGAAGUGGGUUAGCAUCCAAGGGCAUAGAACCUUGUGAAGGUGACUUUGACGGAUGCGAGAUACAACCAUUCCGCAGUCCUCUUCUGCCACCUACUACCAAGUCUACUGGUCCUUCGAUCUACGACAUUGCAGGUGCCACUCAAUUUUCUCCACCGCUUGCUACUAUUAAGACCAUACCAAAAUCCUACGAUUGUAGCGAGCAGCUUUACCAAGCGCCGUAUGACACCAAUCAACCAACAUCGAGUACUUCGCCGGCACAUCCAUUGCUCCUUACCCAGCCUGAUUUUCAUCCUCUGCACCAAAGCUCCAGGCUCUCGCCACUGCCUGUGCCACUUUAUAGCGAACCCUCAACCUUGUUCAUAAACUAUGACGACGAUAAUAUCUCCGCAUUCACACCCUCCCCUCCAGACUUCUCUGACUUCCCAUGGGACACGUUUUCAACCUCGUGCUAUAGUACUCAUUCGUCUCACUCGUACGCAACUUUUCCAUCCUACUGA